AUGAGACGGGCAGAACUCAGUCUCGGAUUGAUCCUCAAGCCGCGCUCGUUCGUCAUCAGCUCUCCAACACAUGCCCUGCUCCUAAGGCCAUUCGACAAAGCUCCUUCGAAACAACUCGUCGUAGAAUUUGUCCAAGUCAAUGAGAGCACCGAAACCGGGAUCAAGCUAGCACCCUGUUGGGGAUGUCUGGGCUUGCUCGAGAUCGAACAUGAAAUAUUCAUCCUCAUCGUCACUCAUGCUACGCCCGUUGGAAUACUGCAGCCCAGUCAUGAGCAAAUACAUCGCGUGGUAUCCGUCGACCUGUUCUGUCUGACCUCGGCCGCCUUUGACUAUCAACACAUCUUUCAUCAUCCCACGGGGAACUUGUCCUCGAGUGUUGAUUUUGACGAGCCUGUGGCCCCAGACCAUCCAGCCCUGAAUGGGAUCAAGAAAAUACUCUCCAACGGCCAAUUCUACUUCUCCACCACAGCCACCGAUCUUCCGUCUCGUACCGAAUAUAGAGUGACCGCCGAGAACCGAUCGGAAGACGACUCCUCCCGGAGGUUCUCCUGGAACUCGUUCAUGCUCGUCGGGCUCAAUGGCUUUCAAAACGGGCUACCCGUCGAGAGCAGGAUCCAAUUCGACCUGCAAAAUUUCCUUGUCUCUGUCAUCCAGGGAUACGUCGCUACUUACGAAUUGAAACUACCCCCACCACCUCCAAGCACCACCAAUGACAAUCUUCUCACCGACCAACUCACAGAACCCAUCGCAUUCUCAAUCUCACUCUUUUCCCGCUUGGGCUCUCGACGGGCGGGUACUCGGUUCAAUACCCGCGGGAUCGACGAUGAUGGCAAUGUGGCCAACUUUGUCGAGAGUGAAACAUUGAUCGUCUCUGGCUCGAAUCUGUUCUCGUUUGUCCAGAUCAGAGGAUCGGUGCCCCUAUUUUUUGAGCAAUCCGGAACGGGGAUGACCAACGUGAUCGGAGGUCUUAGUGGACAAGGACAUCGGACUCAACUGACUCGGACGGGGGUCGCGACUCAGCCUGCAUUCGAACGGCAUUUCGAAGACCUCCUGCAACAAUAUCCUUCAGUGCACAUCAUCAACCUUAUGAGCAACUCGCGUGACGGAGAAAGCUCGCUGAGUCAAGCCUACCAACAGCGCCUGAAAGCUUUGGCAAGGGACGAGGUGCAGAUGAUAAAUUUCGAUCUCCACCAGCGAGCCAAAGCUGUCGGUCUCGAUGGCGUCCGACAACAGCUGAAAGCUGAUCCAAUGAUCGGCGGACAGAUCGAGCAGAUGGGAUCAUUUUUGGCUACCAUGUCCCCCGAAAGUGAAAUCGAAGUGGUGACACGUCAAGAUGGAGUCUUCCGAGUGAACUGCCUAGAUUGUGUUCUUUUAGUUAUCCAGGAAAUGUUAUCUCGGAUGGCCGUCGAAGCAUUUCUGUCUGUAACUCAUCCGCACCUGCUGAGGUCUGAUUAUUUAUGGAACUGUCAUCGCACGUUGUGGGCUGAUAAUGGAGAUGUCCUGUCGAAGAUAUAUGCUGGGACUGGCGCUUUGAAUACUAGUUUUACCAGGGGCGGCAAGCAGACAUUUAGUGGCAUCUUGUCGAACGCGUCCAAAUCUGUAGGCCGGAUGUACAAUUCGAACUUUAUUGACAAAUCGAAACAGGCGCACAUUGAUCUGAUGCUGGGAAAUUUGGAUGGUCAGAAGCCAGUCAAAGUGUUCGAUCCCCUGAAUGAUACAAUUAAAAGGAUGCUGCAUGAACGUCGCUCUGACUAUUCACAGACGAUCCCUAUAUCUCUUUGGGUCGGAACUUACAACUUGAACGGUCGAGCUCCACCUAUGGCCAACAGUGAUGAACUGAUGGCUUGGCUAUGCCCCACACCAAAUUUCGAACCUGAUAUCAUGGCCGUCUCCUUUCAAGAAAUUGUUAAACUGUCACCCCAGCAGAUCAUGAUUACAGAUCCUGAGAAAAAGACAAGAUGGGAGCGAAUCAUAUUGACCUCACUGGAAAACCGACCGAGCAAGAAAUCGAGCUAUGCGAUCAUUCGGUCGGAUCAACUUGUCGGCGCGGCUUUGAUAAUCUUAGCUAAGGCUGAGCUUGUUCCAGCCGUACGGUCCGUGGAAGCCAAGACCAAAAAGACUGGAUUAAAAGGAAUUGCAGGCAACAAAGGGGCCGUCGCUAUCCGCUUGGAUAUCCACGACUCUAGCUUUUGCUUCGUCACCGCCCAUUUCGCCGCCGGGUUAUCUAACGUUGAUGAACGUAAUCACGAUUAUGAAACUAUUGAGGAUGGACUUAAGUUCUUGAAAGGCAAAACUAUUGCUGGUCACGAAAACGUAAUCUGGGCCGGGGAUUUCAAUUAUCGGAUCGAUGGGGGCUUGCCAAAUAACGCGGUGCGACAGGCUGUUGCUGACGAGAAUUACGCAGAACUGCUGGCGGCCGAUCAACUGUUGGAAAACAUGGCGGCUCAAGCGGUUUUUCCCAAAUAUACUGAGGGCACAAUCAACUUCCCUCCCACUUACAAGUAUGAUGUAGGCACAGAUCGGUAUGACACGAGUGAAAAAAUGCGAAUACCGGCUUGGACUGACCGAAUUUUAUAUCAAGGCAGUGAUCUCAAAUUGAUGGAUUACUCACGUGCUGAAUUAAAAGCCUCAGAUCACCGCCCGGUCUAUGCUACCUUGGAAACCAAGGCAAGGAUGGUUGACCGGGUCAAGAAAGAGAUCAUUAAACAAGAAAUCCUCGAAAGCAGUGAAGUGGGCAGUUUGCGGGACUCCCUCAUGAUGCCUUUACAAACCGGCGACUCUUCUAGUGUAGAGGCAACAGUUUUGGAUGAAUGGUGGAAGACUUCAGAACAUCCGAAUGGUACAUGCGAGAUCGACCCGUCUGAUCAGGCUCUGACAAUCGGAAGGUCGAGUAAUCCGUUCGUCGCAAACGUUCGCACGACACGCUCGGGGCGUCAAAGCUCCACUCCUGAAGCAAUUCCAGCCGGGAACAACUAUUUUGUCAACGGAAAAUUUAAUGGCCAGAUCUCCUCAUCCGCCCCUUCUUCACCCCCUGCGCAAGUGGGUAAGGCUAUCCCGCCGGCGAUUCCAGCCCGACCCACCAGUCGGUCCCCAUCUGAGACGCGUAAAUCAGUGGCAGAGAAACCCGGCGUCUUGCCCAAAGUACAACCACCUCCGCCCCCACCAAGACCCACUUCAAAGAUGAUUGCAAGCAACGAUAACGCACCGAUCGAGGUCGGCUUGAAGGGCCCUCCACGCCCCCCUCCCACCACCAUCGGCUCCUUGCUGACUAGCCAAAUCCCACCUGCUUCGACUCUGCCCUUCAACUCGCGAACCCGCUCACUAUCGGGUCGGAAGAGUUUACCCAGUGGGCUUCAGCUGAAUGUCCCACCCCCACCAUCUCACCCGGCUUUGAAGCCGUCUCUCCGUCAGGAGCCUGUCAAAUCUCCUCUUCUCUCUGCAUCAACUUCAAAGCUCUUGUCGAGCAGGCAGGCCACGCCAACUCGGCCUGGCUAUACUACCCCUCCUCCUCCUCGCCCAGCUUCACGAGGACUACCCGGUAAAACCGACGCCUCAAUCGGACUCGAUAACCCACCUUUUUCACCCCGUCCAUCCUUGAAGGUAUCUCAAAGGAAAGAGGCUACUGCCACAGACAUUGACAACAGCAACCCACCCCUUCCACCUCGAGUGGCUCCGCGGGUCUUGACUAGUGAAAAACCACUGACUCCUGGUGCUGAAACCAAGGGGUUGGUUUUGCUGAAUGUGUUGGCUGGGAAAGGUAUCGAUCCGGCCGAGCUCGAUCGCAAGAAUCCAACCCCGCCGCCUCGGCCAGUGUCCCGGAUCUUGUUAGGGAAGGAGCAUCCAACAGUUGGUGGGGGUAUCGUGUCUGAGGGACCUUCGCUUCCUGCUCGGCCGGUAUCCACUCUCCUGACUCCGGCCAAUCCGCCGAUCACGCCUUCUCAACCCGGACCGACAUCCGUACUGGAGAAAGAAUCGGGCGCCGGCGGCGCCUGCACAAGUUCACCUUCCCCGCCGCCUCGCGCUGCCGUUCAGCUUGCGAGCACUCAGCCUCCCCCUCCGCCCUCCCGGAAAGCCUCGAAAGUCUCUUUGAACAGAGAAGCUACCCCCGAGCUUCGUCAACCCGCUACCCCCACCCGACCGGCCUUGAGAAGCUCACCUAGCUGCAAAGACCUCGGCCCUCUCCCCGACCAACCUCCCCUGCCUGGCUCAGUUGUCACUCCUCCACCCCCUAUCCCCCCGAAACCCAAGCCUCCUAAACCCGCUCUCAAACCUAAACCAAUGACCCUUAGAAAAGCCGCUUCUCAUGAUGCUCAAUCCUUGAGACCUGCCAAGCCUCCUGCAUGUGAAUAA